CUGUUCUCUUCAACGGAUUUGAAGAAGAUGCCAGGCUGGAAAACAGUCGUCUUCUUCUCUAUUCAAGCAUUAAUGCUCGCUUUCUUCCUAAAUCAGGAUCCCAAAAUGGCCGCCAAACCACCUUCAUCAACAAAACCUUGGGCCGAUGGCCCUUGUGCUUUGAUCACGACACCGCAGUAUGCCACUAAUAAGACCGAUAUAUUCACGCUGGGCGCGACGCACAUGGCACAUAUCCACAAUGCGAUUCUGCGUGGAUACAACUCGAUAUAUCAGCAAGCGCCACACGUAACCGACGAAGACAAACCCGAAUUCAUAGGUUACGCGCAAACCUGGUUCCGCUUCGUAAAAAGUCAUCAUGACGAUGAAGAGCAGGAGUUAUUCCCGCAGGUGGAAGAAGUAGUGGGUACAUCAGGAAUAUGGGACGCGACGCAUAAAGAACACGAAGCUUUCCUAACCGGACUAUCAAACACCAACGAUUAUCUCGCUCAACUCGCCGAAGCAUUCGACUUCGACGGCUUCGAACUCCGACGCAUAAUGUCGACUUUCCAAGAGCCAUUCGCCGCACACUUCCAUUCCGAGAUCAAAACGAUCGUUUCUUUCGCCGAUCUACCUACCGCGCCCGAGCCAUCUUCUGUCAAGGCCACGCAGGCCGCCGCUGUGUUCAAGAGCUGGGGUAAGAAGACUGUGAUGAAGACGGGGUCUACUGAAGGCGUGCCUUUUCUACUGCUCAAUUUGGAUAAAACGUAUGAGGAAGGAAAGUGGGCGGCAUGGCCUCCUAUGCCAGCGCCAGUGAGGUGGGGUUUGGUGAAUGUGGGUGGGGCGUAUCACUGGGGGAGGUGGAAGUUUGCGAGUUGUGAUUCUAGUGGAAUGCCGAGAGAGCUGUAUGCGUUGCAGUUCCCGGAGAAUAAGAAGUAA